GCGUGUUUAUACCGUAUUAAUAGGCUGCUGCAGGAGCUGUCCCCUGGAGUUGGUUGUAGCUGCAAGGAGCGGGCUUGAAGUUAUCGGGUGCACUAUGCUUCGAACCGUCUUGUCCAAGUUGUCACCCAAGGGGCCACUGGGGGUCCAGAUCAGCAGGUUCUCUGCAGCGGCUAUUCCUGCACCCAACCCCAAACCUGACGUGCACUUUAACCAGCUCUUCAUAAACAACGAAUGGCACGAUUCCAACAGCAAGAAGACCUUCCCCACAAUCAACCCGUCCACCGGAGAAGUCAUCUGCCAUGUUGCAGAGGGAGAUAAAGCUGAUGUGGAUAAGGCUGUAAAGGCAGCCAAGGAUGCAUUUAAACUGGGAUCACCAUGGAGGAGAAUGGAUGCCUAUCAGAGGGGUGUGCUUCUAAACAGACUGGCCGAUCUUAUCGAGAGGGACCGAGCCAUCUUAGCUAAUUUAGAGACUCUGGAUAAUGGGAAGCCCUAUGCAAUCUCCUACUCGGUAGACCUGGAUUUGGUAAUUAAAUGUUUGAGGUAUUAUGCUGGAUGGGCUGAUAAAUGGCAUGGCAAAACCAUUCCGAUUGAUGGAGAUUACUUUACCUACACCAGACAUGAGCCAGUUGGAGUCUGUGGACAGAUCAUUCCGUGGAACUUUCCCCUUCUGAUGUUGGCUUGGAAGUUUGGUCCCGCUUUGGCCACUGGUAAUGUGAUUGUCAUGAAGGUUGCUGAGCAGACCCCUCUCACAGCACUGCAUGUUGCCAGCCUUGUGAAAGAAGCUGGAUUUCCACCAGGAGUUGUGAAUAUAAUUACUGGGAUGGGUCCAACUGCUGGAGCCGCCAUCUCCUCUCACAUGGAUGUGGAUAAAGUAGCCUUCACUGGCUCUACAGAGGUGGGUCGUUUAAUUCAACAAGCAGCUGGAAAAACUAAUCUGAAGAAAGUGACCCUGGAACUUGGUGGCAAGAGUCCCAAUAUAAUAUUUUCAGAUGCUGACUUGGACUGGGCAGUGGAGCAAGCCCACUUUGCCCUGUUCUUCAACCAAGGUCAAUGCUGCUGCGCUGGCUCCCGCACCUACGUCCAGGAAGAUAUAUACAAUGAGUUUGUGGAAAGAAGUGUUGAGAGGGCCAAAAACAGGAUUGUUGGAAACCCCUUUGACUUCAAGACUGAACAAGGUCCUCAGGUGGAUGAAGAUCAGUUUCACAAAGUUCUAGGUUACAUCAAAUCUGGAAAACAGGAAGGUGCUAAAUUGUUGUAUGGUGGAAACCCUGCUGCUGAUCGGGGGUAUUUCAUCCAGCCCACGGUCUUUGGAGAUGUGUCUGAUAAUAUGACCAUCGCUAGAGAAGAGAUUUUUGGGCCUGUGAUGCAAAUUUUGAAAUUUAAGACCGUUGAGGAGGUCAUUGAGCGAGGAAAUAGCUCAAUGUAUGGGCUCGCAGCAGCUGUCUUCACCAAAGAUAUCGAUAAAGCAAACUACGUGUCACAAUCCUUGAGGGCCGGGACAGUCUGGAUUAACUGCUAUGAUGUCUUUGGAGUUCAAGCCCCCUUUGGAGGAUACAAGGCAUCUGGUACUGGUAGAGAGCUUGGAGAGUAUGGUCUGGAGGCGUACACCGAAGUGAAAACCGUCACUGUAAAAAUUCCCCAGAAGAACUCUUAAGAGCAUAUUCUCCAUGACAAAGAUUGUGAAUGACAUCAAAUUAAGAAAUCUUUUUUUUCAAAGUUUGGAACUGUGAAAAAUACCGGGGUUCUCAUUCGCUCCUUGUUGGAAGAGGAUUUUUCUAGAACUUUUACAUUUGUGCUCGCUAUUAGACUUCCAAGUUAUACUUUUAUACUAGCAGCCACUUAACACUUUCCAUCCGCUUGUAACAUUUUAUGGUAACGGCUCUUCAGUUUUAAAUACCUUUUUGCCUUUUUUCACUAUAUAAAAUUUCACGGCAUAUAAUUGGAGUUUGUUGCUCUAAAGUUUUGUAUCAGUCACCCAGUGUUAUAGGAGCUCUGAAAUGUUUUAACUUGCAAUUUUCUUAAAGCUGCGUGUGCUCACUCACAGUUCACUGGAACGCUUUUCACUUUUUUCAACAUUGUGACAUAAAAAUAAUUCUAGCAA